AUGGAGAUUGGGUGUGGGAUAAUGAGAAUCCGUAAGAUGAUACAAGUAUUUGGGAAAGCUUUGGUAGAAAAGACGGCAGAGUUGAUUGUAGUAGAUUACAUGGGAAGGAGCGACAUGGACAACAUGCAAUCGCUGAAAAGGAAAUGGCAAGAAUUGUGCUGCAAAGCAUCUGACGUAGAAGAAGAAGUGAAGGGAGAAGAAAUGUCAGGUAAAAAGAAAAGGAAACGUGAAGUUGAUGGUUGGUUGAAGGACGUUAAAAAAUUAAGUCCUGAAAUUGAUGCAUUGGAAAGAAGAGGAUCAUCUUGGAGGCUUCCACUAAAGGAGGAUCCUGUAGGAAAGCUGCAGCUUCAGGUGGAAGAACUUAUUCAGCAGAGCCACCAUUUCAAUGGGCUUGUGCUCGAUACUUAUGACAAAAUUGGGGAGCCAUGCCUGCCAACCAAAUUGUUUGGAGUAAAGUUCGAGGAAGCUUUGCAGAGAAUUUGGCCAUGCUUGGUGACCGAUGAUAUAUCAAGCAUUGGGAUUUAUGGUAUGGGCGGAGUUGGUAAGACCACACUGGCGAGGCACAUUGAGUACCAUCUUUUAGAAAAGAACAAUUAUCGGGUGCUUUGGGUUACAGUAUCUCAAGAAAAUUUCAGUAUCACCAGUUUGCAGGAUAAGAUUGCCAAUGUCUUAGGCAUUACUCUAUCAAGUAGGGACGAGGAAGACGCCAGGGCAAGAAUAUUGCGUGACGCAUUCAGGAAAAUGAAGAGAUUAUUAGUGCUCAUAUUGGAUGAUGUUUGGGAAGAAUUUUGUUUAGACAGGGUAGGGAUUCCUCUUCAUCCAAACAAGUGCAGAUUGAUUUUGACUACACGCUCACUGGAAGUGUGCAACAGGAUACAAUGUCAAAGAAAGUUUGAUUUGCAAACUUUGGACAAAGACGAAGCUUGGGAUUUGUUCAAGUAUAGACUUGGCAGCGAGACCUUGCUUCAAGGAGAUUUGGACAAUAUUGCCAAGUCCAUAGUGGAAGAGUGUGGUGGUUUGCCUCUUGGUAUUAUCACAGUGGCUGGAAGCAUGAGAGGUGUGAGCGAUAUUUGUGAGUGGAGAAAUGCAUUGGAACAAUUGAAAACAUGUUCAAUAGGGUAUGAUGAGAUGGAACGAGACGUGUUUCCCAUUCUGGAAUGGAGUUUCAAUCGCCUGAACAAAUGUGAAAAGAAUUGCUUCUUGUAUUGCUGUCUUUAUCCGGAAGAUCGGAAAAUACAAAGAGAGGAACUAAUAGACUGA